GUAUUUUUUAUCAUCUUUAUUUUUCUUUCUAUGUUCCUCAGGUGUACAGGUAAAAUGGCUUUGUUUAUUCGAUUUCACAAGCAUGGCUGUUGAGUUUUCUAAUAUGCCAGCAGCAGCUAAUAAGCUCUGACAUAGAAACCACAUCCUUUUCCUGCUACUAAUGUAUCCUUACCCUGACAUUAGCCUACAUUCUUUCAUGGCUUCAGACUCAUUUGAUCUCCACACACUGUUUGCACACUUAAUAAUGAGUCAAAUGAGGCUGAUUCAUUAUUAUGGAUGUAGUGAGACCCUCCUCUCUAAAUGUACCUGUCUCAUAUUGAUCUCCUUUGUCCCGGGGGGGGGUAUUUUUUUGGGCUGGGGUGGCGUCUUCAUAGAAUGGCGAUUCACAGAGUGGGAGAAUGGACAGAGGAAGCUCUCUUCCUAGUAUUCUGGAACAGAAGAUAUAUCCAUAUGAAAUGCUGGUUGUGACCCACAGAGGGCGCAGUAAGCUUCCUCCAGGUGUUGACAGGACCAGAUUAGAGCGGCAUCUGUCUCCAGAGGAAUUCCAGAGCUUAUUCGGAAUGUCCAUCACAGAAUUUGAUCGUCUGUCACUAUGGAAACGGAACGACCUGAAGAAGAAAGUGUCCCUUUUCUAACAUUUGGACAUUUGGACUUGGACACUGAACCCCUCGCCCUCCAGAGACGCCAGUAAUGUUCACUCUAAUCUAAUACAGAUGCUAUGCAGACAUUUCAAGAUAAGCAAGGAAGAUGACGCCACAUCACCAGAUGUUAUUUCACUCACAUAUACAGUAGUCUCUGUGCGUCGCUGGUGUACAUAAUAAAGACAGGAUGAAGGUUCUCGCAUCCCUACAGUCGCUCCAUAUGUGAACAAAUCAGAUUUCAUAAACUGCUCCAGCCGUUUCUUUACGCCUUACAUCUGUUUCAAAUUCUUAAAGUGCCCAGAGAUGUUUAUAAUAAUAGGCCUAUAUAUUUACACAAAGUUUUAAUCGUAAACAUCACUUUUUUUUUUUUAUUGUCAUCACUAUUACACUAUAAACUUAAUUUAUUGUAUCCAAAACAAUGUAUGGCACU